AGGGCGGGUGAGGGCCGGCAUGGGGCUCCUGAGCGCGGCCGCUCGCUGCCUCGUGCGCGGUGCCGACCGGAUGAGCAAGUGGACCAGCAAGCGGGGCCCGCGCACCUUCUACAAGAGCCGCGGCACGAAGGGCACUGGCGUCCACUCCCGCGGCGGGAAGUUCGUGCUGGUCAAGGAGAUGGUGCCGGAGCUGGUGGUGCCCGAGCUGGCCGGCUUCAAGCUCAAGCCCUACGUGAACUACCGCGUCCCGGCGGGCACGGACACGCCCCUGACGGCGGAGCAGCUCUUUCGGGAAACGGCGGCGCCUGCCAUCGAAAGGGACUUCAAGGACGGGACUUUCGACCCUGAGCACCUGGAGAAGUACGGCUUCGAGCCCUCGCAGGAAGGCAAGCUCUUCCAGCUGUACCCCAAGAACUUCCCCCGCUAGCGGCAGCGCUCCUGUGGCCUGCAAGCCGAGCGUGGCGCCCGGCCAUCCUCACGACCCUGGCCCCGGAGGUGGGGGGCGGGAAGCCGGCUCCCUCACGUCGUCUAUUAAAGACCUUAGCUACCAUGCAGCUUA